GAUGAUGAAUCGGAAUAGCAGAGACACACUUCGUUUCCUCUCACGCUUCCAUCAUCACCAACAACAAAACCCAUCUCUUCUCCCUUCUGCAUCACCGUCUUCUCAAUUCACAUCAGUAACAGGUUUUCAUGAAAAUUCCCCACAAUUACAGCGCAAUGUUGUUUCCGGGGAACAUAAAGCUUUGUCUUUUUUCAACCCGCUGAGAAAUUCCUUGAAAAAUGAGCAAUUGGGUGGUGGAAACCCUUUCGAAAUUCAUCAGAAAUGUUAUUAUGGUUCAAUGGGUGGAGUGGUUCAGAGGAGCUCCAGAUUCUCAGAGUUGAAUGAUGAUGAUGUUAAAUACUUUCAAGAGAUUUUGGGGAAGAAAAAUGUUGUACAGGAUGAAGAUAAGCUCAGUGCUGCUAAUAUUGAUCGGAUGCAUAAGUAUAAAGGCUCCAGUAAGAUUCUUCUACAGCCUUGCAACACUGAUCAGGUUUCUGAGAUUCUUAAAUACUGUAACUCCAGAAACCUGGUCGUUGUUCCUCAAGGUGGAAACACUGGUCUUGUAGGUGGAAGUGUGCCCGUCUUUGAUGAAGUGAUUGUUAGUCUUAGUUCAAUGAACAAGAUCGUAUCUUUUGACAAGGUUAGUGGAAUACUGGUAUGUGAAGCUGGGUGCAUAUUGGAAAAUCUAAUGUCAUUCAUGGACAAUGAAGGGUAAUCUUUUUCACUUUAUAAGUAUUAUUUUUUUUAAUUGUCAUAUAUCUGUUUCAUA